GCUGUGCGUUCCGGCUGCUAAGCUCCUUCGCAACCCGAGCUCAACCCCUCAAGGCCAUCCUCUGUUUUUGAAUCGCUAGCGGGAGGAGCGCGAAUAUGGCGAUGGCUGUGUCGGCGCAGCUGGUGAACCUCUCCGCGAAGGCGGAGCUGAAGCUGGUGGAGGCCGUGGCCAAGGCGAUGCCUUCAGGCCAGGCACAAUUCUCCAAGGCUUGCACGUCGUUGAUAACGAACGCGAACGCGCCGGAUCUCAUCCGGAAGGUUUUAGAGCAAAGGAACGUCAUCCUGGAGAUGAGCAAAACUGACGACGUCGAGGGGUGCUUCGGCAUCCUCUUCUCUCUCCUGUUCAAGACGGAUAACCCGAAGGAGGCGGUGCCCGCGCUUUCGAUGGAGAUCGCGACCAAGGUCCUGGAGAAGGUCGAUGACAGGGCGCCUCUUCGGCUAAAAUUGGUGACCAACCUCUACAACAUGCUGCCCGUUCGCACGGCGGGGCAGUUGGAGGUUCUGCUCUUGGUAAUCCGCUACGCUAAAGAGGCCAAACUCGUGGCCAUGCUCUCCUCCUUCUUUGCAGGCGUGGACGACUGGAUCAAGGGGUGGGAGUUGUCGGUGGCAGAUCAGCGCCGGUUGUACCUGCUCAUAUCGGACACGCUUGGAAGCGAGGGCAAGGCCGUCGAGUCUCAAAAGUUUUUGAUGAAGUACUUGGCCACGUACGACGGCGCGACCUCCGCGGAGCUGGCCGAGGUCAAAGCGGCGGCGGUGAGGGGCUGCAUCGGCGCCGUCAAGUCCCCAAUCGUCAGCUUUACCGAGCAGCACAACCUGCUGGGAAUGGCCGCUGUGGCGCAGCUGGAGGUUGACCCCAAGUACUCAGCAGUUCACGAGCUGCUGCACAUUUUUUCGGUUAAGAAGCUUGGGGAGUACAUGGCUUUCCAUGAGAAAAACGCAAAGACUCUUGCAGACAACAAGAUCGACCACGACAGCUGCGUGUCCAGCAUGCGACUCCUGUCGCUAUGCUCGCUUGCCACGGAACACGAAGAAAUUCCCUACCAGGUGGUGGCCGACACUCUGCAGGUUUCCGGGGACGACGAGGUGGAGGACUGGGUACUGCAGGCAAUCCAGACGGGCCUGAUGGAGGCCAAGAUGGACCAGAUGCAGCGAGUCGUGGUGAUCAGGCGAUGCACAAACCGCGUCUUCGGACCCGCACAGUGGAAGACCUUGCAAAUGAAGCUCGGGACGUGGAGCGCGAACGUGCAAACACUCUUGUCAGCCAUCCAGAAGAGCAAUGAGCGGUACAAGCAGCAGAGCUUCAUGAAGGGGGACUAAGCGGCUGUAGUCUGCUGGGGAAACAUAAUUGAUAAGACAUUGGUCGUGCUUGUCUUGGGUUAUCGGAGGUUCAGGGAGCCCUUAACUCCCGUAUAGCUCAGAGUUGAUGUAUGGAUCCGUUUUUUUCGUCCCGCCUUCCAAUACAUCUCUCUCUCUCUCUCUCUCUCUCUCUCUCUGAAUCCUGGACCCCAAUGCAUUGUUGGUGCUGAUUGUUUCUCAUCCUAUGGCGUGACCUAAAUGGAGGGAUAUAUACUCUGGCCACUAUAGCGCCCCCUCUUGAUAGCUUGGGGGCGGUGUUGAGUGUGGAGAUGACGGAGUUGAACGGGAAGAUCGGGACUUGGUUAGUCCAUCGUUGUUCUAAGCGACUUUUGUCGACGACGUAGGCCGUCCGGUAUGAUCUUGCUGCGACUUUUUCUUCGAGGUUUGCGAUAUUUUAGUCAAAUGAAACAUCCCCGUGACUCUCGUCGGGGUUGGUGAGAGGCGGGACACUGAUUGGUGCGAUGGCUUUGCUGGGUGUGGGGUUCCUAGGCAACAUUUUGUCAAAUUGCAUGGUGCGCAAUUAUUUCCGUCCAGUCGCUUCCCAGCAUCAUCAGCAGGCAGAGCCCACAAGCACAAAGACGUCGUGUUCAUAGUGGCGGGCAUCUAAUCCUUUUUUUUUCGCGAAAUUACACAAGCUGUGGGAAGCGUUUUGGCCCGUUGCCUUCUCGACGAGAGUCAACACUCGAAUAAGGAACAACCUCGUCCCAAACACAGUCUG